AUGGUGAAUUUGAUUGUUAGCCAUGAUUCACAAUUCCAAAUUGGCAAGGCAUACAAUAGUAGGAUAUCCAGUCGUUCAAAAGCUCGCCCAUCCCAAGGGGCUCUGAUGAAUACCUUGAGGUUGCCUCCACCAUCAAACACUUCUACCUCAAUAGACUACCAAGUCGAUUUUCCUACGUCUUCCUUCUCUACCAACAGCCCAUCGACUCGGAACAUUGGCAGAAAUAGGUUUAGUGGUUCUCGUUAUGAAUUUCAAAGCAAAUGCUGUGAGCUCACACGCGAUUAUGAUCGCAACGUCACGGAGCUGUACGAGUUGCUCGAGUCUUCGCAGUGGGAAGAUGCAAUGAUUCGAUGUACCAAUAAUCCGGAAGAGGUUCGCACAUGGAUUGUGCGAAAGGAUCUCAAUGGCAAACUCCGAUGGCGUGUACUUCCUUUACAUUCUUCUAUAAUCUUUAAGGCACCGAAGACGACCAUACAACACAUUUUGUCAAAGCACCUGUCAGCAGCCUCGAAACAAGAUGACCAAGGAAUGCUCCCCCUUCACUUAGCAUUUCGCCACAAACUAGAUGAGGAUGUGUUGCAACAACUUUUAGAAGCUCACCCGAAUGGUAUAAAUCAAAAGGAUAGAAGAGGUAGAAUUCCCAUUGACCAUGCGAAUGAAGUUACAUUUUCGGGACGCUUUGUGCAGUUAUACGCAACUGCGGCAUCUUCAGACGACGGAGGAUUCAAUAUUUCAGAAGGACGAGAGGCGGGCAACGAUGUCAAAGCUGUUUCUAUCGAAAUGCUGUAUGAAGAUCGCAUGAAGGAGAUGAAAAGCCACUACGAAGAGAAAAUACAUCAACUGCAGAUGAGAUCAUUAGCGGAACAUAGCGGUUCAAAAUAUUCAAUUGCCAAAGAAAUGAGAUCAACGCAACUUGAAGCUGAAGUGCAGCUACUACAGUCUUCUCUAGAGAGUGUGACUGCAGAAUCGCGGGAUAUGAUGCAAGUACUAAACCAAUCACGAGAGAACGAAAAACACAUCGAGGAUAAGUUUCAAGUUGUGCUAAACAACCAACGGGCACUUAACAAGUUGUGUAUGAAGCAACAGCGUCAACUUGAGCAAGCGCAAAACAUAAGAACGCAAGUGCUCCGUUCGGUGUUGAACUCGGAAGAAGAUCGCAGCGCCCUUAGCGUAGCCUCUGAGAUAUCGCAAAUAACCAGCAAUCUGGUCGUUUCCACAGAUGACAUAAUAUCGAACAUUGCCUCCAACCUGAAAAGGGAAGGUCAAAAAGGAAAUCCCAUAGAGCUAUACGAGCCCGAAGAAAAUGCAAUAUCUCGCUUUAAGCAAAACAACAACCGUGGGAUGCGAUCGACUACAGAACAUGCAGACGAGAUAAGUGGGAUAACAGAAGUUUCACAGUUCUAG